ACAGCCAAGCUUUGGGGCUGUGAGUUAAACCAGGAGAAGCGGACCUGGACCUUCAAGCCGCAGAAGGAGGGCGAGCAGGACUGUAAGGUGUUGCUCAAUACGAUUUGCCUGGGGGAGAAAGUCCAGGAGGAGAUGAACCUCGUGGAGAUCCUGCCCCCAGCAAGCCAGGAGGACAAGAGGACGAAGCCCAUCAUCGUGGCCUCGCUGCAGGCCUCUGUGCUGCCCAUGGUCACGAUGGGCCUGGAGCUCUCUCCUUCAGUCACUUUUCAGCUGCGGGCUGGCUUGGGACCCGUGUUCCUCAGUGGCCAGGAAUGUUAUGAAAUUCCAGAACUCUCCUGGGAGGAAGAGGAGGAGGAGGAGCAGUCAGAGGAAGAUGAUGAUGACGAUGAUGACGAUGAUGAUGAUGAAGAGGUGUCCCUAGAGGAGACCCCUGUCAAAAAAGGCAAGAGGCUGGCGUCCCAGAAGCAGACGAGCGUGGCCAAGAAAAAAAAAGUGGAAAAAGAAGAGGCGGCAAGACCCAGUCUCAAAGGCAAGAGCCCGGUGAACAAGGCCAGAUACACCCCCAAAGUGAGGAAGCCGGUACCCAAGAAAUGAGAAGCCAGGAGUGCAUGGCCUCCGUGAUGGGGGCGGGCCUGCCUGGCCACCAUGCACCGCGGGCCUUCCUGGGAUGCAGCGUGGGCCCAGGGAAUAUCCCCCCCGGCCCUCAACCUGAGUCUGAAGGUGAUGGAGCUGUUGGGGGGCAACACAAGAGCCCCUCACCCCA